UUGAAAUUAGUUUUUUGGGCAACGGGAUGGCUUUUCGCCAGCUCAGAGAAAGUGCCACGACUCCACACUCAGCGGCUAUUCAGAAAGAGUGAACAUUGGUGGUCGGGGCUUUGCAGAGGGACAAGAUUUAAAAAAAAGACAUGGACGUUUACGACCCCCAAACCCUCGGCUUCAUGGUCUUUGGUGGAUUCAUGGUAGUCUCCGCCAUCGGCAUUGCUCUGGUUUCCACGCUCUCCAUGAAGGAGACAUCGUACGAGGAGGCCCUGGCCAAGCACCGCCAUGAACUGGGCAAGUCUGCCCAGACCCAGCUCUCUAUGAAGAAUAAGAAGAAGAAGGCGUUGGAGAACAAAAGCAAAGCCAAGAAGAAGGAAGAGCGGCCCAAGGGGGAUCUCCCAGAACCGGUCGGAGAGUCUGCUAGCGAGCCCGAACCCGAACCUGAGCCUCUCGUUGCCCCCGAGCCUGAACCUGAACCAGAGCCCAUUGCUACACCGGAUCCUGUCAUGGUCGCUUGUGCUGCCCCAGUGGCCGUGGAGGCUGCCGCCCCCUCCCCAAAGAAGAAGAAGAAGGUGGCUAAGGUGGCGCCGGCCCCUGCCAAGCCUACCGUUGUCCCGGAGACCAUCGCCAAGGAAGUGCCUGUCAUGGUCGUGCCACCUGUGGCGAUUGAGGUUGCCCCGUUGACUGCCGCGCCCACUCUGGUGUCCAGUGACACUCCCGCCGCACCCGUUGUCAAGGCAGAGGAGUUCAAGGCUGAGGCACCUGCUAAGAAGAAAAAAUCCAAAGCAAAGGCUGAGCCAGUGGUUGCUGCCGGCAACUCUGCUGAUGCUCCCCUCCUCCUGCCAUACAAGACUCUACUGUCUACUGUGAGCAGCAUGACAUUCAGCGAGGGAGAGGCCCAAAGGCUCAUCGAAGUGCUCAGUGUCAAGGCUGGCCUCAACUCCUGGCAACUGGCCUCUCAGAAGGGGGAUCCCACGGCUGCCCUGAAGAAACAGCUAGAGGAGAAGGAGAAGCAGUUGUCUACUGAGCAGGAGGGUGUCACCGCCGCCAAGAAUCGACUGAGGGAGCUCACCAAAGAGCUGAGCGCAGAGAAAUCGAAGACGGCGAAGGUCGAGACCCGUCUGAGCUCAGAGCUGAGUGCUCACACUCAGGAGAUAACUGCCCUCCAGGCUCGCAUGCAGGCCUCCUCCCAGGACCACGUGGCUGAGACCCAGCUGCUCAACCUUAAGAUAGUGAGCCUGCAGGAGCAACUGGACAAUGGCCCAGUUGCUCAGCUGGCCCGCUUGCAGCAGGAGAACUCCAUCCUGAGAGACGCCCUCAAUCAGGCCACCAGCCAGGCCGAGAGCAGGCAGAACGCGGAGCUGGCCAAGCUGAGGCAGGACUGUGUUCGUCUGAACCGGGACCUGGGCGAGAGGACAGAAGCUCUGCAGGCUGACGAUGAGCACAGGAAGGCGCUGGAGGCCAAAGUGGCAGCUUCAGUGGAGCAACUUGCCCAGUUCAAGGCGUGCCAGGCAAAGAGCGAGCAGGCCUGGCAGCAGAGGCUGGAGGGGUUGAGCCAGAAGCUCCAGAGGUCCCAGGCCACCAGCAACACCAUGCAGGCCCAACUAGACCAGGCUCAACAGAAGGCCAAAGCCUUCGCCGAGCUCCAGGAGCGCAUGGCCACCACGGAGGCCGAGCUGAAGGACCUGAAGGCCCAACAGGCAGUAGUGUCAGCUGUGGAGGAGGCUGCCAAGGAGCAGGCUGCCCCACUGGAGUCUCCCAUAGAACCUCCCCCCGAGGAGCAGGAGACUGUGACGGAAGAUGUUACCGAGGCCACCAAUGGUGACAACUCCGGAGAGGUUGAAGAGCUAAGGAACAGUCUGAGAACCAAAGAAAGUCAGGUGGCCGUUCUAGAAGAGGAGCUCCAACAGCUGAAGGUUGAACUGGAGCUGGUGAAAUCUUCCCAGACUGAGGAUCCACAGGUCAACGGUGUGAAGGAAGAGGAGGAGCAAUCACCUGUUAAAGAACAGCACGUGCAGAUAGACAACACGGCAGAGAUGGAAUUCUUACAGAACAGCCUUAAGGAAAAGGAGUGCAUCGUGACGUCCCUCGAAGAGCAACUGCAGACAUUGAGAGCUAAGAUGGAGGUGGAGAGCCCAGCAGACACAGAGCAGCUUCAGAGCAGUCUGAAGGAGAGGGAGACCCAGGUGGCCUCGUUAGAGGAAGAGCUCAAACAGCUGAGAGAGGAGAUGGAGCAAGGGAAGAGUGCAAAUGCUGAGUCUGGAAGUGAGACUGAAGCAGAACAGCCAUUUGAAUGCCUUGAGAGAGAUUCCCAGAUGCUAUCUCUGGAAGAGGAGCUACAAAGGCUAAAGGAGGAAAUGGAACAAGUUAGGAACAAAAGCAAUGAUCUCCGCGAAAAGAACUGGGCGGCAAUGGAAGCCUUGACCGCUGCUGAGAAGUUGAAUGAGGAAAGACUGGCUGUGGCGAAGGGUGCGCAGCACAUAGCCGAGGAAGCACUGAGCUCGUUCCAGACAGAAGCUCAAAAGGCUCUUCAGAUGAUCUGCCCUGACGUCUCUUUAGAAGCUGAGCAGAAUAACUGGUUGGAGUUACUCAUCCAGAAAGCACAGGCUACUGAAAUUCCACAGAGCAAAGAAGUCCAGCAAGAGCAUUUGCAACCCACAGACUCUGAGGAGCUUUUGUCAAAACUCGGAGAAGCCGAGGAGUCUCAGAAAACACUACAGGCGGAGUGUGAGCAGUACAGAACUGUCCUGGCUGAAACGGAAGGCAUGCUGAAAGACCUUCAGAAGAGUGUGGAGGAAGAGGAGCACGUGUGGAAGCUCAAAAUUGUAGAGGCUGAGGAGCAAGGGCAAGCAGCUUUGGAUCAGGUGAAGGUGUUGCAGCAAGCUGCAGAGGAUAUGAAGAUGAACAAUGAAAGUACAGACCAGCUGAAAGAGCAGGUGAUGCUUCUGGAGGCCCAGUUGGAGAAACAGCUGGAGUCCAUCAGCUUUAGCCAGACUUACGCCGAGGAGGUCGCCCAGCUGAAGGCCUUGUUAACGAAGACCCAGAGUCGGCUGGAGACGGCCCAAUUGGAAGCACAGAAGCAGGCCAAGGAACUUUCUGUGGUCAGACAGCAGCUGAGCGAGACGACGGAGCACGUGCAGAGCCAGGAGGCCUCCGAGUCAACACAGGUCCAAACCCAGCUGCAGCAGGUUACAAACAAGUUGCAAACGGAGGAAGAGAUGAGACAGCAGCUGGCCGUUGACUUUGACCAGGCUCAGAAGUGCGUGACUGACCUACAGACACAGAUGGACCAAAUGAAAGCAGCAGGAGACUGCUCCACAGGAGAAGUCAAGGAGAGGCUGGAGAAAGAGAAGAAGCUAACCAAGGACCUUGGCCAGGCGGCCACUAAGCUCCAGCAGAUGCUCAAGGCCACCCAGGAGCAGCUCGUCAAAGAGCGGGACACCGUCAAAACCUUGCAGGGCCAACUUGUUGGGAAGGAGAAGCCCGAGCAAUCAAAGGAAGGGACAUCUGUCUAAGACCGAAUGAACAUCCCACAAUAUUCCAAAAUGCCGUCAUUAUUUUACUUAUUCCUUUUUUCCCCUCUUUUCUCUUUUACUUUAGUUUGUAGUCAAAAAUGAUCAUUUUGUUAAGGGAUGGGGGAGUUCAGAAGCGUUUUAAUAUUGUAUGCCUUUUUUAUUAUUAUUUUGGAACCAACAAUCAAUUGGAGUCUCUGGCUGUGUCAGAAACUUGUUUAUUUGUCCUGACAUUCCCAGAACAUGCAGCGGUUCAGUGUUAUUGCCUGUGCGUUAAACGUGCAGCAACUAGUGCAAUCACUUUCUUGUUGUCCUUUUGCCUGUCCUUUUUGUAUGACAUUGGAAAGGGAGGUUAUUUCAUGGUACGCAGAUGCAAUACAAUGUAAUGCCUUAUAUUUUACGUAGUGGGCUGCUGACAAAUGUGAGAAUUUGUAACAAAUAAACUGUAGAUCUAUU